CGCAAUUCUAGUUUUCGUCCACUCUGCAACCUAACCAUAGCUAGUCAACAUGGCGAAAAAGAAAGUUGAGGAUAAAAAUAACCAAAACAGUGAUAGUACAAAAUAUGACGGUGAUACUUCAUCUACGGAUGAUGAGCCAAACUUUAGUGAUCCUGAGGGAUAUGUGGACGAUAUCACCGAUGAAGAGUUACUAGGAGAUAUCUUAAAGGAUAAACCAAAAGAAACUGAUGGAGUAGAAAGUGUGGUUGUUGUAGAUGGGUGUCCUCAGAUAGGACCUGAACGUCUUGAGAAGUUGCAGAGUGUUGUUAACAAAAUAUUUGGCAAAUUUGGCGAUAUUGUUAACAGCUACUAUCCUGUAAAUGAAAAAAAUCAGACAAAGGGUUACAUAUUUUUGGAAUAUGCCAAUCCACAAGAUGCAAGUGAAGCCGCAAAAAUGAUAAACAAUUAUAAAUUGGAUAAACAGCAUACAUUUUUGGUUAAUUUGUUCAGUGAUUUCGAGAAAUAUGAAAGUAUUCCUGAAGAGUGGGAACCACCUCAGCCUCAACCAUAUAAAGGUCAAGCAGAUCUCACUUAUUAUUUACUAGAGCCUGACGCUUAUGAUCAAUAUUGUGUUGUAAAAGCACAGGAACAGUCUGUUCAAAUUUGGCAGAAUACACAGCCAGAACCUACUUUGGUAGAAGAUAGACAGCUCUGGACGCACACUUAUGUGAAAUGGUCCCCAUUGGGUACUUUCCUUUCUACUUUCCACAAGCAAGGUGUGGCACUUUGGGGUGGUCCCAACUUCAGCCAGUAUAAAAGAUUCUCACAAGUAGGUGUACAAUUCAUUGAUUUUUCACCCUGCGAAAAGUAUUUGGUUACAUAUUCACCUCAAGGGGAUAUUCAUAACCCAGAACAAAAGAAAAUUAUCAUGUGGGACAUAAGGUGAGCAUAUGUACUUUUUGUAAUAUUAU